AUGAAGAUCUCGUCAACAUCUACCUUGGUCAUGACCGCUAGUCUUUUGGCUUCUAAUGUUGCUGCCUCGAGCCUUUUGGAGCGUACAUCCAGUGCCUUCGACAUUUUGAUUGCAAGACAAAGCACUAGCUCGGGUAUCGAUCCCUCAGAGAUUCCUACACAGUGCGAAACGCAAUGUACGACUGUACUGAAUACUAUCAGUGCAUGCACCACGGAUUCCUGUAUUUGUACCACCACCAAUGCCGAUGAGAUGGAAUCCUGCGUCAACUGCCUUGUUUCGAUCGACCCAACCGCGGAUAUGAUUGAGGAAGGAAACGAGAUUCUUCUCUCCCUUGAAGUAGAAUGUGAUACUGUUUCCGGGUUCCCUUCGCUCUCCGUCUCCGCCUCUACUACCAUAUCGGAUGAUACUUCGUCUGUCACCGCUCUGGAAGGCUCCAGUGUGUCCUCUAAGUCUACCGUGACGCAGAAAUCCACUGCUACAGGAACUUCAACGACCACUUCGUCGGCGGAUAGUGAGAGCACCAGUGACAGUGGGAUCAAGGGCUUGAAUGGUGCCGUUUCGUACAAGGGAUCGAUGGCUACGGUAGUGUUUGGGGCAUUGGGUUGUAUAGUUGGUAGUAUGUCUGGAAGUAGCUGGAGUUCAUCUUCUGGGUACAAGAUACUGUGGCCGCUCUUGGCCGCGCAAUUCUUUUCUACCACCUGUCCUAAUCACUUCGUACAUAUUCAAACCUGUUGGGCAAAUAUGCAAACGAUGGGUGUCGUCAGAAGCAAGUUUAAAGUUAUGAUCAGGAGCGAGUUUCCUGCCAGUUGCGGAAGGAAUCCUAAAGUAUCCCCUUCGACCGCAAGGUUCUACGCUGAUUUCUCGCGUUAUCUGGCGAGCUAG